AUGAACACGCAGCUCCUUUCAAAGUGUUGCUCAGGAAUUCUUAGUAGCCUGCUUCAACCUUCUAGGUCGGGCGCUAUUGGGCUGGUAAAGCCAGCACCGCCUAAGUCAUAUUCUACAUCCGUUCUCAGCCUUCGUACUUUUGCACGCAGUGGCUUGCGGCAGCCAGGAUUACGCUGUAGUGGAAACAUGAUACUGUGGGUGUCAGGGGUAUUUGACAUCACACAGCCACAGAUCGAACUAUCCCGCGUCGAUGAGUCAGUAAAUGUGACUGAGCAAAUCACGAAAACGCAAGAAAUGAAAGAAAUGAUCAUGCGCAGGGCCUCGGGUAGUCAAAUCAAGUAUCUUCUUUGA